GUCAAGUGUAGUAUCUGGGCUUUUUACAUCUGGACUUCUUCAGGAGGAAUGGCUCUUCAACCCACAAGCCCGACAACUACACAUGGAGUCCAAAACCACACAAAUGCCACUAAGUGUCCUACAGGAGAAAACCAUGAAUGGAUCUACACUGUGAUCCCAUUGUAUAUCCUGAUUAUCACGGUGCUGGGAAUCGUGCUUAAUUUGUUUGUCCUGAUGGUUUUCUGGCUUCAUAAGAAGGCCUGCACCGUGGCGGAGAUCUACCUGAGCAACCUGGCUGCUGCUGACCUUGUCCUAAUGGCUUGUUUGCCUUCCUGGGCUGUCAAUGUAUCCAAAGGUUUCAACUGGCCUUUUGAUCAGAUCCUGUGCAAAGUCUUCAACAUGGGCAUUACUAUGAACGUCUACUGCAGCAUCUACUUCCUUGUUCUGGUUAGCAUAGAUCGUUAUGUGGCACUGGUGCAUACAAUGUCCCAUGAAAGAAUGCGUAGGCCAAGAAAUGCCAAACUGGGCUGUGUGCUGGUGUGGGGGUUGGGCUUCCUCCUUAGUGUCCACACACUCAUCUUCAGGGAUCUGAAACAUAACCCUGGCUCGAAUGUUACUAAGUGCUAUCUUAAAUACCGAAACAUCAAUGAAGAGCUGCUGUACGAGGGGAUGCUGACUACGUUCACCUUCAUCAUCCCUAUUGCCAUUAUUUCCUACUGCACUAUAAAAAUUAUUCAAGCUCUGAAUAACCGGUUAAUACAGGGGCUAAACUCCCAGAAAGUGGAGCAUAAGGCCACCACUCUGGUGCUGGCGGUCCUCUUGGCGUUCCUGAUCUGCUGGGUCCCAUUCCGCCUGCUUAAGAUAGUAGAAUUGCUCAUAAAAGCAAAGGUCCUGCAAGCGUGUAUCAUCAUCAAAGUCCAAACCAUCAGUCUGCAGUUCUUUGUGUACUUAGCAUUCUUCAACAGUGUUCUCAACCCCAUCUUAUACGUCAUUGUAGGAAAGAACUUCCGAAAGAGAGCUAAGGAACUCUUCACUCAGUGGAGCAGUAAGAGAACGUCGACCCUCACCAUCAACUCCACACGCUCCAACCUGUUGAGAAGUUUUAAAUUGGUCUCAAGUUGAUCUGCAGGGGGGGAAAAGCAAGGGUAUGGUUUUUUUGUUGUUUUUUUGUUGUUUUUUUUCAUAAUUUCACAUAAUGAAAUGAGCUGUUAUUUCCCCAGAAGAAAAACAUUUGACUCCAAAUGAGAGAUCAGGAUUAUGUGUAUCUCGCCUUUCUCAACAAGGGUGUGGUCAUUUCAUGUCAUGUCAGGAUUACAACUGAUUGUUUCUCGUGAUAUCCUGUUGACAUUGUGCAACAUUCCAGGAAGUGAGACUCAAAUUACCAGCUCUGGCAUUGUAACACUUACUUCCAUCAGAAAUGCUUUCAGAAUUAACACAAUAAUAGCACUGCUACAUAAUUAAACAGCUCUACCAGAUUGUGUUUUAGAUUGCAUAGCUAAUGGGCACAAACUAAGAAAAUGGAAAUAAUGUAUUCAAAUGAUGAAAACACAGUUUGUGUCACUGUGUUUAAUUGCACAAAUUUACAGUCUUAAUAUGACACUUUAAUAGUAAAAUGUUCCAGGCCUGUCUGUAUGCAUGUCCGUGGAUAAGUGUGUGAAUCUGUUUCUUUGUACAUUGUGUUGCUCUGACUGUCUUUUCAUAUUUUAUUAUAUUAACACCUAUAAACGAACCCUGCUGCCAGUAUCUCUUUGCAGUGACAACACACGACACUGUGCCUGAAACAACCUCUAUGUUUCAGUUGUGAAACUAUUUGCUUAAUCAAUUUCAAGUAUCACCUGAGGUUCAAAAGACUUUACCUUUUGCUUAUCCACAGUAUACGAAUAAACUUUCACCUAUGUGAAUUUUUACAGACAUGCUGUUGACAUGCUGUUCAACAUGACACAAAUAUAUACAAAGCUUUUUGGUAUUACAUCUCGGUUCUUGUUUUCAUAGAUGUAUUUUCUGUGUUAUUGUAACUUAUCUCUCCAAUUUAAUUACUGAGAUCUGGGAACACAGUGUCAUCGCUGCAACAGCGGCCAAUCAGGAAGGUUAUAAACAAGCCAGGGCUGUAGUCAGAUUAUCUAAGACACUUUAUUUGGAAGUAAACGUGAGUUAUUAUCCCUUGCAUAGGAAACCUGUAUGCACACACAGCAAUGCUGGGUAACAGUAGAACAAGUCAGUGUGUAAACUAUCACAUCACGUUAUUUCUUUAAAAUUUCUAUGAUUGUUUAACAGCUCAUGGUUCUUCCAAGUCCCCAGAAGCAUUUUCACCAAUUUUCGCAGUGUCCCCAGAUCUUAGCAAGUAACAUGGUGAGUGCAAUCUUUUAGUGUCAAUAGGAAGUAUAACCAAAAGUGUGAAAGUAUGUGAUAAAAAAAACAAAACACAGAAGUGUGCUGAUUUUACACAUCAACGUCUGUUUACAGGUUUUGGGAGUACCAUUGCAUAUGUGAAAAAAAGUUGUAUGAAGCCUUUUGUGCCUCCAGAAGGAGCAGUGUGAAAUAUGAUAAAUUGCCUCAAGUGGCAUAACUUUAUUGUUACAGACGCCAACUAAUCCAUGUAGACGUACAAAGCUUAAUUCAAGAGGUUAUUAUAAAGAUCAGCUCUAAUCUUAACAUGUGAUCAGACAAAAGCAGAGCAGCAGAAUUUUUUUUAGAGAUUAGAAUUGCUGAGGGGGAGGAGGAGGUAAAAUAUCUGUUUGGAACACGUGGACACACAUUGUACUUUUAAGUAAAAGUCGUACCUGCAUUCAAAACCUUAUUUAAGUACAUUUAAAUUACUUAAACUAACAAAAGUUGAAGUACACAUUCCACAAUAAAUUGGUCACUGUCAUUGUUUUACUAUUAUAUAUAAUGUUUUCCUGAAUACUGCUGCAUUAAUGAGUAUAUUGCAUAUUACUUCUGUAGGUUUGUGCUUAUUUUAACUACUUUAUAUAUUGUUGGGUAGUUAUAUCUAAAGUAAUGCAUCAUAUUUUAUAAGACUAUAACGUUGCUGUUCUGUGAGAACUACAUAUCUGUAAAAGGUCAACUUUUAAUGAGCCUUGUUUUCAGCUUUGUGUCCAGCUAAUUGGGUAGGGUGGGAGGGAUAGCUGCAUAAAAUGAAAAUACUCAAGUAAAGUCCCUCAAAUUUGUACAGUACAGUACUUGAGUAAACAUAUUUACAUGUUACAAAGAAGGGCAAUGCUAAAUUGAUGAAAUACUAUUUUGAUGCUCUCAGGCUCAGAGGAGUUUCUAUUUGAUUUAGCACAUCACAGAACAGUGUCACGACUUUGUUCAGUAAGAUUAAACAUUGUUUAUGUCUUCAAGUUAGCCUCUCCUAGUAUUUGUUGAAAUAUGUCUGUAUUAAAGUGUACAGUGUAUUGUGUUGUUAGAAACCACAAGCGCAUGCAUCCAUCCUUAUUAAAAUAUAAAAUAAAGCCAA